AUGAACUAAAAUUCCAAUCAAUUACUAGGAUAACCAAAGAAUUAAUUUAAAAUUGUAGAGAGUGUCUAUCAAUAGCAAUAACCAUAACAAUAGCAACAACAAUAACCAAGACAAUAGCAAUCAGUAUCAUCAAAACCUGUUGAAGAAUCCCAUUGUAUAAGAGUGAGAAGCAAAGAAGUUAAGGCUGUUCAUAGAAUGAUGUUAUGGUUUUCUGGUAAGAAAUAAUAGAAGCUUUACUAAAAGAUGAAAAAAAAACAUAGAUAUAGAAAGAAUGUGAUUGCUGAAAUUAUAAAUACAGAGAGGACAUACGUGAAUGAUUUGGCUAUUAUCUGUGAAAAAGUGAAAACAUCCUCACUUUCUAUUUUAUCUCCAAACGACGUUCAAACUAUUUUUAUGAAUUGUGAUGAAAUAUUGGCUUGGAAUAAAGAGUUUUUGUAAGAAAUGGAAAAGGGAUAUUCAAAAUACAAUCUUGAUAAGAACUAGAUGCCCAGGCCUUAUCAAUCAGUGUUUUAUGGGAAUGCUUAAUAAUUAAAAACACCAGAUCUAGUUGCAUUCAAAUGUUAUUACGAAUAUUGUAGUAAAUUUACAAAAUCUAAUAAACAUUUUGAACAUCUGAAAGCAAAUGAUUAAAAGUUUAAAGAGUUCUUAACAUAGCUUAACAAAAAUAAUACAUUAAGAGGAAUGGAUCUAGGAAGUUUCUUAGUUAAACCUAUAUAGAGAUUGCCUAAAUACAUUUUGCUUUUUAAAGAUUUAGAAAAGAAUACAGAUGAAGAUUAUCCAGAUUUACCAAAUAUCAAAGAGAUUCAUAAAUAUUUCAAGGAAGUAAAUGAAGAAAAUAACAAAUUUAUGGAUAUCUUUAUGGGUAGAUUGUAACUUCAAUAAUUGAGUGAGUCUUUGAAGAUCAAUUAAGAAGAAUUAUUAAAUGAACCUCAGAGAAUUUUUAAAUUUGAAGAGAAAUUAACAACCAUUUAACCAAAUGCAAAACAUGAUGAGGAUUGUUAAGUAACAGUCUAUGCUUUGAGUGACAUGUUGGUAGUUGUACAAGAUGAAAAAGUUUAAAAGAAACUCAAAUUAGAUUCUUUAUCUUUUGUUAAGAAUUAAUCGGAUAAUAAUAAGUACUUUAGCAAUUUGUUUUAAAUUGUUGGAGUAGGUGAUACAAUCUAAUGCAUAGCUGAAACGCCGGCUGCAAAGAAGAAAUAUAUAGACUUGUUUGAAAAAUUGAUCUAAGAAAAUAGAGAACAUGAACAUGAAAGAGAAAAGGAACUUGGUAAUUAAUAAAUAAAAAUGCGAUAUCCUGUUUAGGUGGUUGUAGUGGGAACUGAAGAAAGAAACUUUUAAUCAUUCACUAAACAUACUUAAUAUAUUACUGAAAUUAGUAUAAAUAAAGUGUUUCAAAAUAUAUUUAUUCGAUACAGUGAAAUUGAAGUGAUGUCUAUUAAAUAUAAACAAAGAUAUCCUAGAAUCGAGUUGCCUUAAUUACCUGACAAAAAUUGGUUGAUGAGUCACAAGACCAAGUCUAUCGAGGCACGUAAGAUAGCAAUAGAAAAUUUCCUUUAGGCAUUAUUAUAAGCAAAGGAGUCCUAAUCGGAUCCUGAUAUUUUGAAUGAGUUAAAAUUACCUAAGAAUUUUUUUGACUUACCAGAUCUGUAUUAAUCUAUUUUAAAAUCAAAUUUAACCUAGAAAUAGUAGAAUUUUAAAAGAACCACAUUAGAAGGAAAAGAAGAAUUAAGAGAAAAAGGCAUAAAUAUUGAAAAACUAAAAAUAAGUGCUGGAGAGAUUUUAAAGGCAGUUUAUAUUGAACAAGAAACAAGAAAAAAAAGUGUUGUGUAAAUUUGCCCCAAUAAGGUUAUCUCAUAUGAGAAUUCAAAAGAUCCCAGUUUGCAAAAGAUUAUUAUUACAUUUCCUGAUGGAACUGAAACAGCACUUGGGGUCACAGAACAAACAAGAGUUAGAGAAGUCUUAGAAUAUGUUGCUAAAUACAAUCACCUUGUUUAUUACAAAGAUUUUAGAUUAUAUUUAGUUGAUUAAUUAAAGAAACAGAGAGUUUUGGAUGAUGAUGAAGUACUUUUUAAAGUGAUUGAUGAUGAAAGACAAAAUAACCAUGGAAUAUUAAAUAAAUUGGAAUAAAUGUUAGCCAAAUCAAAUGCAGAAGUUCUAAUAAAAAUGAAAAAAUACAUUUACUUGCCUGCCAAAUUGGAAGAGAGUGAUUAUAAGGAAGAUCCAGUCAGGCUAAUAAACCUAGCCUUCUCUAUAUUAGAUGAUGUUCAUGAUUAAAAGCUACAACUUGGAUUUAAGGAAUAUUGUUUAUUUGCUGCACUCUAUUUCCAUAUGAAACACCAAAGGUUGGAUGAUAAAUUAUUUGGUGAAGUCAGAAGAGUAAUUCCCUCUGAAAUGUUUCAAAGUAGCACAGAUAAAGAAUGGAAAGAUCUGGUUACUUAGUGUUUUAAGGCACUUGACAAUGAACUCUCAACAAUCAGUAAAAAAAAUGAAAAUGACUAAAUCUAAAAAAAACCCAACUCCUAAUACAAACACACCGACAAAAAAUAUUUGGCUGCAGGAGUUACUUUGAAUGCUGCGCGAACAUUUGUUUAAAGCAUAAUGGCAAUCUUUUAAGUGCAAGUCUAUGAGGGAACUCAGAAGUAUUUUAAGAAUUUAGGACUUGAAGUUCAUCCCACCAUUUAUUUAGGAUUGUCCAUUCAUAAAAUACAUUUUUUAAACCCUCAAAGAAAGGAACAAUUUAGAGAAAUUGAUUAUAGUCGUGUAAAUGGAGUGAAGUCUUAUCCUAGUUAAAUAAUCUUUGACCUCUAAAUAUUUAAGGAACCUAUUAGGUUUGACACUUACUAAAGUUAUGAAAUAAAAUCACUUGUUGAAUAAUACCAAGCUAUUCAAAAAUUCGAUGAAGAAUAUGAAUUGGGUCAUCAAUUCAAUAUUAAACAUUGA